UCGAAGAAGCGGAACGGAACCAGGAAGCGCUCCUCCCUCCAUUGCAGCCGCAGCGGCUCGAAAACCCGAGACCACCGCCCGAACCGGACUCCCGAAACCCUUCUCUGCGGGUCGAUACACGGAGGGACUGCGAUCAUGGCUGGUCGGCUCCCGGCUUGUGUGGUGGACUGCGGCACGGGGUACACAAAGCUCGGCUAUGCAGGAAACACAGAACCACAGUUUAUUAUUCCCUCAUGUAUCGCCAUCAAAGAGUCGGCCAAAGUGGGCGACCAGGCGCAGCGCCGCAUGAUGAGGGGCGUGGACGACCUGGACUUCUUCAUUGGAGACGAAGCCAUCGACAAACCCUCGUAUGCAACAAAGUGGCCGAUCCGUCACGGCAUCGUGGAGGACUGGGACCUGAUGGAGCGCUUCAUGGAGCAGGUCAUCUUCAAGUACCUGCGGGCAGAACCUGAAGACCACUACUUCCUGUUGACAGAACCUCCUCUCAACACGCCGGAGAACCGAGAGUACACAGCAGAGAUCAUGUUCGAGUCCUUCAACGUACCUGGGCUCUACAUCGCCGUUCAGGCCGUGCUGGCGCUAGCCGCUUCCUGGACUUCCCGACAGGUGGGCGAACGGACGCUGACGGGCACGGUGAUCGACAGCGGAGACGGAGUGACUCACGUCAUCCCGGUGGCCGAGGGCUACGUCAUCGGCAGCUGCAUCAAGCACAUCCCCAUCGCUGGCCGAGACAUCACCUACUUCAUCCAGCAGCUGCUGAGGGAGCGGGAGGUGGGGAUUCCCCCGGAGCAGUCUCUGGAGACCGCCAAGGCCGUCAAGGAGCGGUUCAGCUACGUCUGUCCGGACCUCGUCAAGGAGUUCAACAAGUACGACACAGACGGAUCCAAGUGGAUCAAACAGCACACCGGCGUCAACGCCAUCACCAAGAAGGAGUUCACCAUCGACGUGGGCUACGAGCGCUUCCUCGGCCCCGAGAUCUUCUUCCACCCCGAGUUUGCCAACCCGGACUUCACGCAGCCCAUCUCAGAGGUGGUGGACGAGGUGAUCCAGAACUGCCCCAUCGACGUCCGGCGCCCCCUCUACAAGAACAUCGUGCUGUCUGGAGGCUCCACCAUGUUCAGGGACUUCGGCCGGCGCCUGCAGAGGGACCUGAAGAGGACCGUGGACGCCCGGCUGAAGAUCAGCGAGGAGCUGAGCGGUGGAAAGUUGAAGCCCAAGCCCAUUGACGUGCAAGUCAUCACCCACCACAUGCAGAGGUACGCCGUCUGGUUCGGAGGAUCGAUGCUGGCUUCCACUCCGGAGUUUUACCAGGUCUGCCACACCAAGAAGGACUACGAGGAGAUCGGUCCCAGCAUCUGCCGCCACAACCCCGUGUUCGGGGUCAUGUCGUAGGGAGGAGGAAGAGGAGGAGGAGGAGGAGGAGGAGCUGCACGACCUCACGCGCUGUGGAUGUCCCAUGAGCCUUUGCACGGAUGCUGUUGAUUCCGACGGAGCAACAGUGGACCAAAACAGAAGUCGGCGUCCUCAGAGGAGUAAAAAGUUAAAGGAGGAAUUUAAAAAAAAUAAAAGAGAGAGAGAGAGAGAGACUGAGCCCCCGCCAGUGUUUACGGCCAGCCGUAGGUUCAUGGUCGCUCUUUAAUUUCUGCGUGCCUCGUUUCCGUUGGUCCUCACAGGGUCGGCCUAAGCCACCA